GCUCGCCCUUUUGCACACAAGCACCGCACCGCGCUCCCCUGUCGUCUCGGCCUCGCACCUGCGCCUGCUUCCCCCGCCUGCGCGCGCUCCCCGUCCGACUCCGGCGGCGACGACGACGAAGAACCGCGGGGAGAGAGAUAGAGAGAUGAGGACUAGGAGUGGCUCCCUGUAUUCCAACAACGGAGGCGAGGCCGCCGUGGGGCAGAAGAGGAAGAGGACGGCGGCGCCUAUGGGGCCGUCGGCCGUCGCCGGCGAGUGCGCCGGCGGCGCGCGGAGGAAGAGGCUCGCGGGAGGGCCGGACUACCUGGACGUGCUCCCCGACGACCUCGUCCUCUCCAUCCUGUCCAAGCUCGCCGCCUCCGCCUCGGCGCCCUCCGACCUGCUCUCCGUGCACCUCACGUGCAAGAGGCUCAACGAGCUCGGCGGGCAUGACAUGGUGUUCGCCAAGGCCUCGCCGGCGUCGCUGGCCGUGAAGGCGGCUGCGUGGUCCGAGCCGGCGCAGAGGUUCCUCAAGCGCUGCGCCGACGCCGGCAACCUCGAGGCCUGCUACAUUCUCGGCAUGAUUCGAUUCUACUGCCUCGGGAGCCGGAGCUGCGGCGCGGCGCUGCUGGCGAGGGCGGCGGUCGGCGGGCACGCCGCGGCGCUCUACUCGCUGGCGGUCAUCCAGUUCAACGGCAGCGGCGGCGCCAAGUCCGACCGGGACCUCCGCGCGGGCGCGGCGCUGUGCGCGCGCGCGGCCGCGCUGGGCCACGUCGACGCGCUCCGCGAGCUCGGGCACUGCCUCCAGGACGGCUACGGCGUGCGGCGCGACCCCGCCGAGGGCCGCCGCCUCCUGGUGGCCGCCAACGCCCGCGAGCUCACCCUCGCGCUCGCCACGGCCGCCGCCUCGCGCCACCCCUUCGCCGCGGCGCUCCCGCUCGGCGCCGCGGGCGCGGGCGCAGGCGGCUGCCCGCUCCUCUCGGACUUCGGGUGGAGCCUCCCCGAGGCGGAGCCCCACGCGGCGAACCAGUUCAUGGUCGACUGGUGGGCCUCCCGCGGCGCCCAGGCGGCGGCCGCGAAGAAGGCCGGCACGGGCGGCGACAGCGACGGCGACGGCGCGGAGCUCCGGCUGUGUUCCCACGUCCGGUGCGGGCGGCGCGAGACCCGGCGGCACGAGUUUCGGCGGUGCUCCGUCUGCGGCGCCGCCAACUACUGCUCCCGCGCGUGCCAGGCGCUGGACUGGAAGCGCGCCCACAAGGCGCAGUGCGUGCCCAUGGACCGGUGGCUCCUCGCCGCCGGCAACGCCGGCGAGGCGGCCCCGCAGUGACGCCGCCUCCGCCGCGGCGCACCUCCCCAACGGCUGACAUGACGUACCACUACUACUACUAGUCCCCCCUACAGGCCCACCGCCCACGGCUCCGUAACCGUGCCCGGUGCCCCUGGUCCACCGUAGACCCGGCGUAGCGAAGGAAGGAAAGGCGCAGUAGAUGGAAAUGCGCCUCGGCUCUCUUUUUUUUGGUCCCUCUCGUUUUCACCCGUUGAGAAUUCAGAUGUUCUUGCCCUCUGCCUCUGCUGUUUGGGCGUCGCCUUGUCAGAUGUACGUAUUCUACUAGGGAAGAGGAGCCGAGGGAUACCCGCGCCCGUUUCUGUUUUUUUUUUGAGCUCUUGUUUUGUCUCAGUUAAGCUAACGCUAGAAUUCCAAGCCUUCUUUUCUUUUUUCUAAUCGAGUUUGGGAGUUGAGGUUCCUCCUCUGGAA